AUGUUUGGAUGCUGCGUAGCCGGUCGUCUCCUCCAGACAGAUCUCCAACAGAUUGAUGACACACAUGCGUCGUUUCAGCUCCCAGCAGCGAGUUCGAUAAACCAUAUAUGUGUCUUUCUCCUUGGCACUGUUCCAUUCCCAGAUGGUUACGGCGCGACUGUGCAUUUCUUCUGGCCCGGCAAAGGUUUCCAACUAUUAGGAAUGCUAUCCAACGAAAAACCUUCCGCAAUAUUUCGCCUGAAAGGCACGGGCUUCACGUCCGGUACCUCAACCAUAAAUGCAUUCUCCGCCUUCUCUCAACAAGGUGCACUACAAACCGACGUCACCGCGACUCUUGGCCUCUCAAUCGAACCUCUCUCCGAAAUCCAAUUACAGAUGCAGACUCUCCCAUCAGCUCUCACCAAACCCGGUGUGGAUAUGAUGAGGGAUCCGACGGUCCUCGCUGAGCGCAUCGUCAAGCACCUUUUCAACUACGUUUCAGGAUUCACCGGGGGAGCUGGGAUGUCUCCGGAUGUUGCGGUUCCGAUGAGCGUCAUCGCCAAGUGGUAUGAGAGCUUCAUGGGCAAGAUACGCGCGGGUGGAGUUGGGUUUUUGGAGAGAGGAAAUUGAAGUAUUUUAGGGAAAGGGGUCUGGCAUCAUCACUUCAGCUUAUUUUGUAUUACCAUAUUCUUAGAGCAUCAUGCAACCUAUGCUUUC